GGAGGGUCAGUUGCUACAGAAUACAAUAUGUCUUUGAGUCCUUCGGUGUCAGUCUCACACCCUCUUUUUCUCUCUGCUUCACUCCACCCCUCUUUCUCCCUUCCUGUCUCUCCCUUAACAAGUUGCUGAAAAAAAAUGUGUUUCCAAUUAAGCGCUGAAGAAGAAAGAAGAAAUCUCAACAGUGAGCACUACAAGAAAUGUUCUCUUAGGUAGGUGGACAUGCACCUCUUUCAAUAUUCUUUAUGAGAUACAAAAAAAAAAAAAAAAGUUUAAGUAUGGGGAUUAAAUGCACUUAUUGCUGAUAAAGUUUCACCUGUCUCCGGACAAAGGGACCAAUAAGUUUUUACUGAGGUUGCAAAAUGGUUUUUAGCCGCAAAACAAUGGUUGGUUGAAAUGUGUCAGCUUUGCUGUGUGUGCGCGCGCGUGUGUGCGUGUGUGUGUGUGUCUGCGUGACGUCAUAUGCAGACAAAGGUCCUGUCCCGUGCAGUUUGUGUGGCAGUCGGUCGCCAGAGAGGGAGAAAGAGUCAGAGAGAGAGGGAGAGAAAGUGGGAGAGAGCCGAGCCAGCGCAGAGAGGCACGAAGACGGAGCAGAGCGCAUCAAGGCUGUUACAUCUGGGCAGAAAAUACACUUAGAAAUAAAAAAAUUAAAAAAAAAAAAAAAAAAAAACAGCGACUUCGUUGUGGGAAAACAAAAUUGGUCUGUUACCCAUUUUUUCUGCAAGGACAUAAAAUGAACGCGUUUCCUGUCUUUUUGUUGGAUUUGGAGUCUUACAUCGCACCGCUGCGACUUUGACACGAGAGUUGCGCAGGCACAGCCUCUAUGAGUUUUCUGUUGGAGGAAUUUCAGGCACCCCGUAUCAAACUUGAGUCGGACAUCCAGGAACCAGUAGGGGAGUAAGCUAGACCACCUACCUACCUACUGCUGUCUCUGGGAAAACAAGACACUUAAUCACCACUGCCACAAUGGAUGACGCACAGUGCUACUACAAUGAGACCAUCGCCUUCUUCUACAACCGUAGUGGCAAGCACCUUGCUACUAACUGGAACACCGUCAGCAGGCUAGUGAUGGGCCUGGGAAUCACCGUGUGCAUCUUCAUCAUGCUCGCCAACCUUCUAGUGAUGAUCGCCAUCUAUGUCAACAGGAGAUUCCACUUCCCCAUUUACUACCUAAUGGCCAACCUGGCAGCUGCUGACUUCUUUGCUGGACUUGCCUACUUCUACUUGAUGUUCAACACAGGACCAAACACAAGGCGCCUGACUGUUUCCACGUGGUUGCUACGUCAGGGCUUGAUUGAUACCAGCUUGACCGCAUCUGUUGCCAACCUGCUUGCCAUAGCCAUAGAGCGCCACAUCACCGUGUUUCGCAUGCAGCUGCACACGCGUAUGAGCAACCGACGCGUGGUGGUGGUGAUUGUCAUAAUCUGGACCAUGUCCAUAGUCAUGGGGGCCAUACCCAGCGUGGGCUGGAACUGUAUCUGUAGUAUUGAUACAUGCUCCAGCAUGGCGCCGCUUUAUAGCAACUCCUACCUGAUCUUCUGGGCAGUGUUUAACCUGGUGACGUUUGUUGUCAUGGUGACGCUGUAUGCUCACAUCUUCGUGUAUGUGCGACAGAGGACCAUGAGGAUGUCGCGGCACAGCUCUGGACCGCGCCGCAACAGAGAUACCAUGAUGUCUCUGCUGAAGACUGUGGUGAUUGUGUUAGGUGCGUUCAUUAUCUGCUGGACCCCCGGCUUGGUCAUCCUCCUCCUUGAUGUGUUCUGUGCCAACUGCAACGUCCUCGCCUACGAAAAGUUCUUCCUGCUCCUCGCCGAGUUCAACUCAGCCAUGAACCCCAUCAUCUACUCCUACCGAGACAAGGAGAUGAGUGCUACUUUCAGACAGAUCCUGUGCUGCCAGCGGCAGGAGAACGUCAACGGGACGGCGGCCGAGGGAUCUGACAGGUCGGCGUCUUCUAUCAACCACACGGUGCUGGGCGCCGGUGGCAUGCACCAUCACCACCACCACAAUGAACACUCGGUGGUAUAAAAAUCCAUCAGCUUGAAGGUGUUAUCCUCUAGAGGAGAUGCUGACUGAAAGAUGGCAAAUUGACCUAUGUAUCUUAAAGUCAAGAGGGACAGUGAACACGACACGGAAUAAAGACUGGAUGUAUGAGAUGAAUGAGAGCAGGUAGAUGGCGAGGAGGACAGAGAUCACAAUGAAGAAGAGGAUGGCAACUACGUAGAAACAUGAUGAAGGCUUCUCAUCUGUUUGGGGAGAACAGGAGUCUGCUCUUCGAGGACUCUGAUAUGCUUUUAGUAUUUUUGUUUAGUGUUUUUUUGAUUUCUGUUUGUGUCAAAUGUGUUGUUACGGGCAAAGAUUAUAUGAACUAUUUAAAAGUGAUCUGUGAAAUGAAGGUAAUGCCAGUAUAGCCCAUCCUACUUCUCUGGUCUUCUCUAUCUUCGUAACUAUCACUCCUCUGGGUCACAGUCAUCACAGAAAAACUAAGCGUACAUGUUAUUGUUACAAACCGUUCAAAAUGACAGUACCGUUGUUAUUUUCUCCCCACCCUGACUCAUUUGUAUUAGUUGAAUAGUUUUUGGGCACUGUUUACAAUUAGUGGGUAACAUUUCAACAUUCAGCUGAAGUUCAAAAUAAAACCUGCGGUUUUAAGGCCUAAAUGAGUUUCCUCUGCAGAGUGGCUGGGCAUGGCCUAGAGGUGGCUGAUGAGCACAAGCUCCCAGAAGUAGGCUCUGAGUAGACCAGCCACUCCUUUAAGUCAAAAGGGCCAGCCAGUUGAGGCUGUUCAGGCAGCUGGUGAAGAUGCCUGCUGGGGGCCUCCCAUUGGAGGUUUACCAGACAUAGCCAGCUGGCAGGAGACACUUGAGAAUUUGCUCUAGGAAUUAUUGAAUUGCAUGCUUAGCUUGUUCCCGCCCCAGCCCAACCUAGGAUAGGCGGUAAAAAAUGGAUGGAUGGAUGGAUGGAUGGAUGGAUGGAUGGAUGGAUGGAUGGAUGGAUGGAUGGAUGGAUGGAUGGAUGGAUGGACGGACUUAUAGUUUUGUGCCGAGAUUGGGUAACCAAAUUGUAUUUCCAACAACUUUGACUUCAAAAUUACCUUGCGGAGAGUCAAGAUGGAGCUUUGUGGUUCAAAAUGUAUUACCCCCACUAAAAGUUCUAUAAUUGCCAUUGUGACUCAGAUGUAUGCCAAUAUAGUUUUAGCAACUACCAAAAACUGCAGCGCCCUUUGUGGAUUUAAGACAGUGUAUGGGAAGCAGCAGUCACCGCUCUUCUUUUAAUAACCAAUGACCUUACAACUUAAACACUUUGGGGAUUCAUUAUUCAUCCUCUCUUGUUAACGCUCUUUUGUGAGUCCACCCUAAGAUUUUCUUGCUUUCAUCCAACUUAAAUAGAUGAAGGGUCCAAUAUUUUCAAGCAGCCGGGAGUUGUUUCUUCCCCCUAAGGGAUUAAAGACAAGUUGUUUCAAGGAUCUCACCAAAAAGAGGAGUAGGAGGAGGCUCCGUACCACAGUGUUACAAGAAGGCAAGGUCAUAGCUUGUUAGCAUUAACUGCCCUGAGGCUUUGACAUGAAAUGUACGUAGCUGACCACCUCUUGCUGCGUCAGCGAGGCUGACAGCGGAAAAGGAUGUGUGUGUAGAAGUGAAUGUGACAGUAUAAGCAGUGUUAAUAUUGAACUCCCUUCUGGUGGUUUGAACAGAAGCUCUGAAACUGUAAGUAAAACAAAACAAAAAGAAGACAUGACCCUCAGGUUGUUCUAUCUUCUCAGCAUGAACAUGAAGAAAAAAGUAUGUUCAUGACACAAAUGGAGGUUAAUGAGUGACAUAUCCAAAUCUUCAUUGACAUGAUAGCUGAUCUGAAAACCUUUAACUGCUAUGUGAGACGUCCAGAACUGACAAGCGUUCAACCGUGGCUCUUCUCCAUGAUUUUAAAUCAAGUAGUUUCAACAUGGACCGUUUUUGCAACAAAGCCAGCCAGUCACAGCCGUGCUUUGACCAUGCUGCUAGCAUGGCUAAUAAAACUCCUGCCGCACAACAUAACCUCACUCCACAGAAUGUCGUCCAGUUUUUUUUAUUUUUUGCUUUAAAAUACCUGCACUUUCUUUCAGCUGGGAAUUGAUCACUGGUGCAAAAUGGUGCCACAGUUCACCAAAAAUGGUGCUCAGAUUUAUUUAACCUCCAUGAGAAAAUCCACAUUUCAUAUUAUUUCAUGGUAUUUAGGGAUUUAUGAACUAAAGCAGCACAGCCUUAUACUUUAAGUGUGCUUGACUUUACUAAAUACUCCUUCCUUUUUAAUCAUGUGGACACAUUUUGUUGUUAUUGGUAUAAUUUACCAUAACACAACCAUUUGAAUCUUUCCAGUAUUUUGUUGGAGGUCAGCAAUGGCGUAUUACCAUUUACUUAACUAUUUUAACAAUGAACUGCCAGAAUUGAGCCAGUGCAGCGUUGAACAGCGUAAUGUUAUUUCCACAAGUGCACACUCAGGCUUUUGCCAUUAACCGGAGAUUUUGUGCCAGCUGAAAAUCAGUGCGGUGAUGCUCUGACGUACGCUAUAUAAAAGCUGCCAGAUGAAUGUUUUGUCUUGACUUGAAUCAAAACACAUUUCGGCCAAAAUACAUAGGCAAAGCUCCCAACAGCUGACAGCAAAUUGGGUAUCCCUGCCAAUGAUGUAGUCAGAUGUUUUCCAGGAAGCAAGAUGUUUGUCAGAAAUUUAAACCACACUUCUAGCAUGAAGUCAGUUGGUAUUUAUGUCUGUGUAGGAUGCCCCAAAGGUUUUUGUUUAUCAGGCAAUGUGUGUUACAUCAUCUAGACGCAGAUUAUAAAGUUUGCUAAUUUUCUUCUUUUUUCGCUUCUUCCUGCUACACGUGCGAGAUGGUCAAGAGAAACCUUGCAGACCACUGUAAAUAGUAGGGAUUGGAUUUCUUAUAGUCCCCCCCCCCCCCCCCCCACCUUUUUUUCCUCUGGUUUUUCCUCUCCAAGGUAUCACGGGAUUUAAAAAAAUAAAUAAAUAAAAAAUCGCGGGGAAUCUAUCUUCCCCGCAAAAGUGUUUUCUUCUGGACACAUUUUCUUCAAGUUUCCUUUAAUGUGUCCACAUUUUAUCUGUCGCUCUUUGUUUCAUUGACCAAACUUUGUCAAUGUGCAACUCUGGACACUAGCCUCCAUAUUUUUCUGACAAAAUAUUGAUUCAGGUUAUUAUAGCAAACCAACUAAACUCUCAGUCUUUGUAUGUCUUUGUUUGAGUUGUACUUGUAUACCUUUGUAAGUAUGUGUGUACAAUAUGUAUAUACAAAAUAUAUUAUUCAAGUUAAUCACCAAAGGGAAAAGUGUUGUGUGCCUGUAAAUUUAACUGUGUUACACUCUGUUCAGAUGUACUGUAGGAUUGUGUUUAUGUUUUUUUUUAUGUAAUUGUGUAUUGUGACUCGAAUUAACUGAAUUCCUGUAGACACUAUUGCAGUUAUUAACUUGUUUGUGAACCAAAACUAAAUAUCCGUGAGUGCAGUGCCUUCCAGUUCUCUUACUUAAAGCUACAGUGUGGGACUUUUAAAUAUAAAGGAGCAUCUGUUACAUUCAGGACCUUGUUAAAUGAGUUCAUGCAAUGUUGACUAUGACCUGUAAGCACCAAGUAAAUAUCUCUGUAUUUCACAGUAUACCAGGGUUUUAAACCAAACCUGCCUGUGGUAACAUUUCCAUGUUUGUGUACCAGUACCGGUGUGGUGCAUUUUACAAAACUGAUUGUUUUCCAGCACCUGAACAGGGGAGCAAGCAUAGUGACAAAGAAGGAGUAGCCUGUUGCAACUAGGGAAUAUGAUAGUUAUGAAUGUAACUAGGGUUCUACGAAUUCACUGUUUCUGACAGUCAGGAAGAAUUCAAUAAAAUAUUUUGGAUGAAGCUGUAGCUUAAAAAGAAACUGUACUCACAGAAAAAAAAUGUUACAAUCCAAAAAAAAAAAGGAAAUUGAUUGAUGAUUAGAACAAACACCAAAUAUGAGGAAACAAAAUGAGUAACUUAACACCAGACUGAAAAGAAGUGUUUUACUGUCCUCUCUGGCUUGAGCUCAUUCCAUCUUAAAACCACAGCCAGCAAUGUUUAUUCGUAAUCCCGCCCAGCAGUGACAUCGGAGCGCAGUCACUACUGUUACGUGACAUUUUAAAUCUCUGGAGAUCGGCAAAAACAACAUUUUCAACUGGUGUUGUUACGUUUCAAGCCUGUGUGUCUUACAAUUGCCUUGAAGUGGAGUGAAGAUUAAUGUCAGCUUUUAGAGGGAUGUUUUACAGAAUGCCCUCAUCCACUGUUUUCCAUAUAAAUCCAUAACUGUCCUAUUUCCCAUGGAUGACCUGCGUCAACACUCAAGGGAACAGGUUUAUCACCUUAUCUCCCCAGAUAAGCACAUCCUGGCUAUUGUACCCUGACUGCUUCUUAUUUUGUCUGACAGCCACGACCAGUGUUUACUAUGGCCUUCAACUAAUGUUGGAUGACGCAGCCGGUGUGUGUUUCAGUUUAGUUCUACACAAAAUGAAUGCAUUAAUGGGACUGAAGACUGAACUUCCAAGCUGCAGGUCUGAAGCAUUUUCUUUUUCCAAAAAAAAAAAAAAAAAAAAAAAAAAAUGCUUUAAAAUAUUAAAAUGAACAUCUACCAGUAGUUUUAAGGAAGUAAUUGUGACACAUAAAUAAAUUUCGACACUAUCUAUACUGUCGAAGCCAUUAUCAAUGAAUGUCCAGCCAGACUCAUACUGUUGAUAUGUCAGCAACAAUAAAAACAUCAGUAAUGUCUGAA